UGAGGGCUUCUACUCCAAUUAACCUUUGAUUCUUUAUACUGGAAUUCAGAAGGGAAGAAAGGCAGCCUACAAAAUACAAGCAAAGUCUGGUGCUGGAUAUCUACAGGAUUCUCUUAUAGAAGAAACAUCCUUGACACCCUUUCAGAAAAGGGGAUAAUACAGGAUGUAGAAGCAGAGAGCCAAGGUGUUACUGGCCUUAAAAUAGAUACAUCUGUGAUUCUGAAGGAGGUCUCUAUGUGUGCAUGAGCACGUUUCUGGGAUUUGGAAGGGAACACGUUGAAAGACAUUACCGGAAAACAGGACAGUGUGUAUAUAUGCAUCUGAAACGACAUGUGAUAGAGAAGGUACCAGGGGCAUCUGGUGGCGCUUUACCAAAAAGGAGGAAUGCUAAGCUAUUUUUAGAUCUAGAGGCAAACGGUGAUCUAAGCAGUGAUGACUUUGAAUAUGAAGAUGAAGCGAAGCUUGUUAUAUUUCCUGAUCACUAUGAAAUCUCAUUACCAAACAUAGAAGAGUUACCAGCACUGGUGACAAUAGCUUGUGAUGCACUCCUCAGUGCAAAAUCACCCUACAGGAAGCAGGACCCUGACUCCUGGGAAGAGGAACUUCAGGCAUCUAAACACGCCAAAACACUUGUGCAGUUAGACAAUGGUGUUAGAAUUCCACCCAGUGGUUGGAAGUGCUCAAAAUGUGACCUGCGGGAAAAUCUGUGGCUAAACCUGACAGAUGGUUCGGUGCUGUGUGGGAAGUGGUUCUUUGAUGGCACUGGAGGAAACGGGCAUGCACUGGAACACUACAAGGAGAUGGGAUAUCCCCUGGCAGUGAAGUUGGGAACCAUCACUCCUGAUGGAGCAGAUGUCUAUUCCUUUGAUGAAGAGGAGCCGGUUUUAGAUCCACAUAUAGCAAAACAUUUGGCACAUUUUGGAAUUGAUAUGCUGCAGAUGCAAGUGACUGAGAAUGGGCUAACAGAUAAUGACAUCAAACCAAGAGUCUCUGAAUGGGAAGUGAUUCAGGAAGCUGGUGUGAAACUCAAGCCCAUGUAUGGCCCAGGAUAUACUGGCAUGAAGAACCUUGGAAAUAGCUGCUACCUCAAUGCUGUCAUGCAAGCCAUUUUCAGCAUCCCAGAGUUCCAGCGAGCGUACGUGGGAAGCCUUCCAAGAAUAUUUGACUACUCCCCUCUUGAUCCAACACAAGAUUUCAACACUCAAAUGGCUAAACUGGGACAUGGCCUCCUUUCAGGCCAGUACUCUAAGCCACCCAUGAAAUCUGAGCUUAUUGAGCAGGUGAUGAAAGAAGAACACAAGCCUCAACACAAUGGAAUAUCUCCCCGAAUGUUUAAGGCUUUUAUAAGUAAAGGUCAUCCAGAAUUUUCUUCUAAUAGACAACAGGACGCACAGGAAUUUUUCCUACAUCUUAUAAAUCUAGUAGAGAGGAAUCCUGUUGGUUCAGAAAACCCCAGUGAUGUUUUCCGGUUCCUAGUGGAAGAACGCACGCAAUGCUGCCAGUCCAGAAAGGUCCGCUACACAGAGAGGGUGGACUAUAUCAUGCAGUUACCAGUUGCCAUGGAGGCAGCAACAAAUAAAGAUGAAUUAAUUGCCUAUGAGCUGAAGAGACGAGAAGCAGAAGCUGCUAGGAGAGCCCCACCAGAGCUUGUCCGUGCCAAGAUCCCAUUUAGUGCGUGUCUGCAGGCCUUUUCUGAACCAAACAAUGUAGAUGACUUCUGGAGCAGCGCCCUUCAAGCAAAAUCUGCAGGAGUCAAAACUUCUCGUUUUGCUUCAUUUCCCGAGUACUUAGUGGUACAGAUAAAGAAGUUCACCUUUGGCCUUGACUGGGUACCCAAAAAGCUUGAUGUUUCUAUAGAGAUGCCAGAUAUACUGGACGUCAGCCAUCUAAGGGCCAUGGGUCUCCAGCCGGGAGAAGAGGAACUUCCAGACGUUGCUCCUCCCAUUAUCAUUCCUGAUGAUCCUAAAGAUCGUAUAAUGAACCGUUUUGUGGAGUCUUUAGAUAUUGAUGAGUCUGCAGUUAUGCAACUGGCAGAGAUGGGUUUUCCUUUGGAAGCAUGUCGGAAAGCCGUAUAUUAUACAGGCAACCUGGGUGCUGAACUGGCUUUCAACUGGAUCAUUGCACACAUGGAAGAACCAGACUUUGCAGAACCAUUGGCCAUAUCUGCUUUUGGAGGGGUUGCUUCCACUGGAGCGGCUGGUUUAGGAGCUGUUGGACUAGAUAACCAACCUCCUGAGGAGAUGGUUGCCAUUAUCGUUUCCAUGGGCUUCCAAAGGAAUGUAGCAAUUCAAGCACUGAAGGCGACAAACAAUAAUUUGGAGCGCGCACUGGAAUGGAUCUUCAGCCACCCUGAGCCUGAGGAAGAAAGUGAGCCUGCUUUGGACAUGAUGGCUAUGGAGAAUAAUGUUAAUGCCAACAUCCUCGCAGUGACAGGGUCGGAGGAAGCCAGGAUCAAAGACGGGCCUGGAAGAUAUGAGCUGUUCGGGUUCAUCAGCCACAUGGGAACAUCUACAAUGAGUGGCCACUAUGUUUGUCAUCUCAAAAAAGAAGGAAGAUGGGUGAUCUACAAUGACCUUAGAGUCUGUGCCUCAGAACGACCUCCCAAAGACCUGGGCUACAUUUAUUUUUAUCACAGGAUACCAAGUUAGACCUCAGAUCUAUUAUCUGGCCUUAAGAAAGCAUAGCCUUUUUAACCUACCAAAAAAACAUUUAAGAAAAGAUAAAAUCUAAAACAAACAAAAAAACUAGCCCUUGGACUGCCAAAAGCAAAGGAAAACAUGGGAUAUUUGUAAGUUGUCUAAAAACAGUCAGUUGAUGCCUUCUUAAGUGUUAGAGGGAAGAUUUCUAUUAGGAGAUGUACAGUAGGUUGUUUUAAAUUUAUAUACCUUAAAGGACACCUUAAGACCGUGCAGAUUACUAGUGUAGUCUGCAGCUAGUGUAGGAAUGGGGAAAACGGGUGGUUCAGAAUUAAACAGAAACAAGUCAUUUCAGCCCAACUCUUGCCUGUUCAGUCCACGUGUCCUUUGAAGGCCUUGAAGAAAUACUUGUGUGUGUGGUAACUGGGAGCCACUGCUUUCAAUCAGAGUCCAGACCACUUGGGGAAAUCAUACCCCAUAUGAAGUGGAAGGGAGGGGAUCUGUGACUGUCCUUCAAGGCAGACUAUGUCUCAUUUGAGAUACUGUUUUCAUUACAGUAAGAAAAGUUGACUGUAGCUAUAUCUGUUGGAGUUCAGUCAUAUAGUGUUUUGUUUUGCAUUUUUGAUGCCUAAACUUAACAACCUAAUGGAGAUGGAAGUGGUCUCCUGUCAGUGACAUGUAUGUUUUCUGCCAAAGAGAAAUAGUGGGGAGAUCUCUCCAUCUUCUCUUGAAUUUUUGUUGUGCGUUUAUAAGUUCUUCCAACAGAUUAAGGAUUACAAAAUGGCUAAAAGAAGCACUGACUUUAAAUGCAUGCAGCUCAGGAAGAGCAAGACUAAUAUUUAA